AUGUCCCUGGUGUGUGUGACGGACUUUGAGGCCCACGCUCGGGAGCGGCUCUCCAAGUCCACUUGGGAUUACAUCGAAGGAGGCGCUGGGGAAGGCUUCACCCUGCACGACAACGUCGCAGCGUUUAAGAAACUCCGCCUCCGGCCCCGGUACCUGAGAGACGUGUCGCAGGUGGACACCCGGACCACAAUCCAAGGGGAGGAGAUCAGCGCCCCCAUCUGCAUUGCGCCCACGGGUUUCCACUGCCUGGCCUGGCCCGACGGAGAGACCAGCACGGCCAGAGCUGCCCAGGCGGCCGGCACCUGCUACAUCACCAGCACGUACGCCAGCCGCACCCUGGAGGACAUCGUCGCCGCGGCGCCCAGAGGCUUCCGGUGGUUCCAGCUCUAUGUGCAGCGAGAUCGGCAGCUCAACAAGCAGCUGGUCCAGCGGGUCGAAUCCCUGGGGUUCAGAGCCCUGGUGAUCACUGUGGACGUGCCCAAGCUUGGCAACAGGCGACAUGACGUUCGCAACCAGCUGAACUUGAAGUCAAAUUUACUGCUGAAGGAUCUUGGGUCACCUCAGGAGAGAAGCUCAGUGCCAUAUCUGCAGAUGUCUCCCAUCGACUCCGCCUUCUGCUGGGACGACCUGUCCUGGUUUCGGACCAUCACGCACCUGCCCAUCAUCCUGAAAGGGAUCCUGACCAAAGAGGACGCAGAGUUAGCCGUGAAGCACAACGUGCAGGGCAUAAUCGUCUCCAACCACGGAGGGCGGCAGCUGGACGACGUUCCUGCUUCUGUGGACGCCCUGCCGGAAGUGGUGGCUGCCGUGAAGGGGAAGCUGGAGGUGUACCUGGACGGCGGGGUCCGGACGGGCAACGACGUGCUCAAGGCUCUGGCCCUGGGGGCUAAGUGCGUCUUCCUGGGGAGACCGGUCCUGUGGGGUCUUGCCUGCAAGGGAGAACAUGGUGUUGGGGAAGUUUUGAGCAUUUUGAAGGAUGAGUUCCACACUUCCAUGGCCCUUACAGGCUGCCGGUCGGUUGCCGAGAUCAAUCAGGACCUGAUCCAGUUCUCCAGGUUGUAA